UGGUCCAGGUUUCAGUAGCUGUGUCUCCAUUGUAGAGUAAAAACCAUGGCGGUCAACAAGUUCAUCAAGUACUCCCUCUUCACCUUCAAUUUCUUGUUCUUCCUGAGCGGAAUCGUCAUCUUCGGGCUGGUGCUGCACGCCAGGGCCAACAAAGAACGCUUCCAGAUCCCUGACGAACAUCUGCCGGCCGUAGACCUGCUGGUGUUUGUCGGCGCGGCCACGGUGAUCCUGAGCUUCCUGGGCUGCUGUGGAGCCAUCCGAGAGAACCGCUGCCUGCUGGUGCUCUUCUUCCUGGGCCUGCUCUCCGUGCUGCUCAUGAUGCUGGCCGUGGGAGUGAUGGGAGUGAUCUCGAGGACAACAGCCGCUCAGGAGAAGAUGAGACUUCACAUGACGCAGCUGCUGCCGCUGAGCAAGCUGUCGGCGAGCGACCAGGUGGCGUUCCAGCAGAUCGAGAGGACCGGCUUCUGCUGCGGUCUGUUCAAGGGGCACCUGGACUGGGGCGAGUCGGAGCAGGUCCCACGCUCCUGUAACUGCACUGACACGUCCAGGGAUUGCACGUCAGUGGACGGACGCGAGGUCUACGCCACGCCGUGCAUGGUCUUCCUCAUGACGUGGAUGGACAGGGUGUCGGGCUCGCACAUGGGCAUCGCGUUUGGUUUCGGCGCCGUGAUGAUUCUGGGCAUGAUCUUCUCGUCGGUCCUGUGUUGUCAGGUCGUGGCGAACAAGGGAAGCAUCGUUUGACCACGCGAGAGGACAAAUCAUGUCCUUCUGAGCAAAGACUCUGAGAAGUUUCUAUUCCUGUGUAUUCAUGUUUAUACGUUCUGUAGAUUUUAACAGUGUGUGCAUUUAUAUUUGACAUAUUUCUGAUCAUAAAAGUGUUUUCUGUGUCUUUUUUUUGGACAUUUUUAAUGAUUUAUUGUCACAUUAAAGUGUGUAGUAAGAAGAGGAGGCUGCUCUGUAAUCAAUAGAGCAGUGAAUAGAUAAAUAUAAAAGUAAGACAAACAGCAAACUCACUUAAAUACACGUUCACCCACUGAAUUAAAUAGAAUAUAUCAGUUUCAGUUGUUCUGAAAAACAACUCGAGUUGGAGCAGCAACAUGAAAACAAACACGACUGAAACAGUUUUGUAUUAAAUAUACAUUAUAAACAGGGUGACUAUCAUUGCAAGUGCUUGAAUUUUAAUAUUGUGCUGUCAAGUUGUAAAAAGGUGCUUGAGUUUUGGAUAAAGGGCUUGAAACGGUGACCAUUUAUCUCACAAUCUUGACUGAAUAGUUCAGUGUAGAAGCCUCUCAAAAAAAAACAAAUGUAACAAUCAGAAGAAAAGGUCUGUCAGUUUUUAGAAAUGUCCCCUUUUUUAGUGGGAUUCUGGGAUUUUCCAUUUCCGGUGUCAUAUCGCUUCUACCUCUAGGGGGCGCUACAUUAGGGAACCCUCCUCUGGGUCAUAUUUUGAAGGUUUGGUUCGUAUCUUCAGUUGGAUUAAUUUGCUUCAGUUAUAAGUUUGAAAGCUGUGAUAACAGCAAAUGAAUCCAUGUACAGGUGAAGUGUAAGAAAGUAUAAAAAUACUGUGAAAGUGCUGCAGACUUUGUCUGUGCUCACAAAAAACACUUUAUCCCAGACGCAUGUGUAGAACAAGGUUAUUAUAGUUAACGAAAACUAACUCAAAUUAUAGCAAAAUGUGCUUAGUUUUUCGUCUUUGUAAAUGUAUUUCAUACAUAAUCCCUUUGGGUUCAUGUGAAGUGUGUUUUUCUUUAAAAUGGUUAUAUUUGAUUAUUCAUACGUAAUAAAAUGUUUUUGUUUACAGUGUGGGACAUAAAUAAGG